AGAUACACGACUACGUUUUCCGUGACCCAGUUGCACUGUACUGCACAGCCUGCAAUCUUUCUGGAUAAGGCAGAAGUCUACACACGAAAAACGUAAAGUUAGUCCAAGUAUUAGAAAUCAGUUUAUCCUGCAACCCAAGACAUCGAGUUUAUAUGCAGUCUUGUUAAACGCUUAGUGGUAUCCUGCCAGCUUUCAAAAACAUGAAUUCAAGUUGGAAUUUUGUAAGGAAAAUGUUAUACAACAAUGUCAACAACCUCCCUGGAGUUGUAAAUCGAACUACUGUGGCGUGCAGCGAAUGGUUGAACAGACCAAACUCAGGCAUUAUUACUAUCAUAAGAAAAUGCUCAGGCAAGCCAUUCAAUGUCCCACCAAGUGCCGAAUUUGUUGCAAGGGUCUCGGGAAUCGCAACACUGGGCAAGCUACCUUAUCAAGAAACGGCCGACGGACUUGAUGCAGCAUUUAUUGGUAUACCCAUUGACACUGGAACGUCCAACCGACCUGGAGCAAGGUUUGGCCCCCGUCAGAUUAGAGCAGAGUCUGCCAUGCUGCGAGCCUAUAACAGUGGCACCAGGGCUGCCCCGUAUGAGUCCCUAAUGGUGGCCGAUAUUGGGGACGUCAAUGUCAAUGUGUAUGAUCUGAAGGACACCUGUAGAAGGAUCAGGGAGCACUACCGCACAGUCCUGGCCACUGGCUGCAUCCCUCUGACCAUGGGUGGUGAUCACACCAUAGCAUACCCAAUCCUCCAAGCAGUCGCUGAGAAGCAUGGCCCUGUGGGUUUGAUCCAUGUUGAUGCCCAUGCUGACACCAGUGAUGUGGUUCUGGGAGAGAAGAUCGGCCAUGGCACUCCCUUCAGACGCUGUGUGGAGGAGGGACUGCUGGACUGUAAGAGGGUUGUCCAAAUCGGCCUGCGUGGCACUGGCUACUCCCCUGAUGCUUAUGAGUGGAGUCGGGCUCAGGGCUUCCGCGUGGUCCAGGUAGAAGAAUGUUGGUUUAAGUCCCUCACCCCCCUCAUGGCUGAGGUCAGAUCCCAGAUGGGCAGUGGUCCUGUGUACCUCAGCUUCGACAUCGAUGCUCUAGACCCCGGCUUUGCCCCUGGCACGGGUACACCAGAGAUAGCAGGUCUCACACCCAUACAGGGAGUAGAAAUUAUCCGGGGGUGCCGUGGUUUAAAUCUUGUGGGGUGUGAUCUGGUUGAGGUGUCGCCGCCCUAUGAUACCACAGGUAAUACAGCACUGGCUGGUGCGAACCUCCUCUUUGAAAUGAUGUGCGUGCUCCCAAAGAUAAAAUACUACGACUAAUCAAAACAGGCCUGUGUAGAAACACCAAAACGCAAAUCAAUACAGAAAUUGAUUUUACAUGACAGUUUCAAUGAAAUUGGCUAUGUAAUUGAAGGGAAAUGUUUCAUCAGUUGUUUAUAUAUGAACAAAGCAUUUAUUACACACAGCAAGAGGAUAAUGCACUGUUGCAGUAACAAUCACACACCUGCAAAUAUGGUCCUAGUCUAGUGUUUUUGUAAAACAAAUGUCUUCUCAAUUUAUUCUACUAGAUACCAAAACACGUCUGUAACGGAACAAAAUGACAUUGUUGGUAUGACCGGAUAACAUUGGACAGCAGUAUGAUAGUAUAAUAAAAUACAAGUAAUAUGUAGUUAAUAUGGUAUAUUAUCUACAAUAUUUACAUGUCUUGAUCAAAUAUAAAUGUUAAUGUUUUGAAACUAAAGGAAAAAGCACAAUCCAAUUGUUAUGAAUAUUGAAUGUCACUGCCCUUAUUCCUUUGAGACAGAUAUUGUAUUAAACAACCAUAACUAUU